CCUUCACGCUUACUUCAGGGAAGCUUGAUACAGGCGAUCCGGAUUCUCAAAACCCUCCUCAGCCCUGAAGAUGAAACGAAUUUCUCUUCCAUUGAUCUUCUCGAUUACCGCCAUUUCCGGCUAAUGUUGUUCGAUUUUGCUCACAUCAUCACAUUCAACCUCAUACUAGCUAGUUAAACUGCCGAGUCGACUAAAUCAUGGGGGUAAAAGGAUACUGUGAAGUGAGUCGGUCUCUGAUUGGAAAAUGGAGGACUUGGUCUCGCUAUCCGGUAUCUUUGUGGGUUCGGAGCUUACGAUCAAAUGCGGCACUGGAAGCCAUUGCUAAAGCUUCGGAAGAGAAAGUUCCCAAUGUUGUGCUUUACAAUUACCCCUCUUUUUCUGGAGCAUACUCGGCUCUUUUUGCUCACCUCUUCCACUCUCAUCAUAAUAUCCCAUGCCUUAUUUUGCCUUUCUCUUCUGUUGAGCCUCUCAGAGUUGAAGAUUUAACCAGUGAAGGCCUUGAGACAUGUUAUCUGCUUGACUUUCUCUGUCCGAAAGAGUUUCUUUUGAAACUUUCACAGCAAUCAGAAUGCAAGGUAAUUGGGUUUGAUCACCGGAAAUCAGCAAUUUCAUGUAUUCCCGAUGCCAAUGAUUGCCCUGAGAAUCUCACUAUUCAUGCAAGCCUUGAGAAGAGUAGCUCUAGUGCUGUUUACGAAUACUUCUCCACCAAACAUGCAGAUAUUGGAAAUCCUGAUGGUGUGGUUCCAAGUUUGCUGGACUCAAAAGCAAAAGUUCGUGUGGAACUUGUUCUUAAAUAUAUUGAGGAUGGAGAUCUUCAUCGAUGGAGCUUGCCUAGCAUAAGGGCCUUUAACAUUGGACUGGGUGAAUGGCGCUCAAAAUUCAAUUGCCUUGCUAAUCCAUACAUGUAUGAGCAGUUGCUGGAGUUAAGUGCUGAUGAUUUAAUUGCUAAGGGAAACUCAUAUCUUUCAUCCCAACAGAAUGCUGCGAGCAAAUUGCUGGGAAAAGUCUUCAGGGUUCGGCUGGGUAGAGGAUUUUAUGGAGAGUGUCUGGGAGUUAGGGCAGAUGGGAACUCGAAUUUAAGUGAUGAAAUUGGCAAACUACUGAGUGCAAAGAGCGCUGCUGCUGGUCUAAGUUUGUUGACAGCAAGGAAAUGUUCAAUCCAGAGCUUACAGUCUAACUUGGCGAACUUGAAAAUUUAUGACCAUGAAAUGGGGAAAAAUUAUAGACAAUAGGAAAUGAAAGCUAGAAAAAACAAAGGCCACAGUGAGCAAGGACUGAUACGUAAAUGUAGGUCGGUAAAUGAAUUGUGGUCCAAGAAUUCCAUUUGUCAUUGGUGCAACAUUCCAUUUAUAUAUAUGCCUUUAAAGUUUGGAUUGUUUGGGUUAAGGACCCGCUGGACCCAAUAUUUAUCCUCAGAUAUCUGUUAACAGCAGGCGUGUUUUACCUAUCCUGAACUAAAUUAAACACACUCGUGGGUAAUUGGCUCUUGAAGAUAAAUGUUACCUACAUUUUGCACCUAUGACUAGUUUUUCCUCAAUCAAUUUUUUUCUGGAACAAAAUUGC